GUUAGUGCAGCUGUGUCCAUUAACCACCAGGCAGUGGAGGCCUGAUGCCAGGCAAUUUCGCCUUAUUACCUCCAACGACCACGACAGCUGCUACUGCUUCAUAGACGUGGCUGACAUGGAGGGAGUUAUGCCUAUGACGACCUUGCAGCGAAUUGCACAAGCGAUUCACAAACUACCCACCCUAAACAGCGAUGAAGUCCCAGCGGAAGAUUCGUGCCCGAUAUGUCUCAUGUCUUUCUCGAGCAUUUGCAGUGGAUCAUUGCAGAACGAAGGAACUUUGGAUAUCUGUGGACGUACUGUCCAGUUGCGUGGCGUAACGAAGCUUGAAGGUUGCGGGCAUGUGUUUUGCCGAGUAGACCUGAUAGAAUGGAUUCGUGGACGACACGGAACGUGUCCUGCCUGUAGACACACCUUCUUAGAUGUCAAACCGCUUUCUGAGUCCGACUACGGAUCAUCCGACGGAGAUUAUGUCCCAGGCGAAGAAGAUGAAGAGGACGAUGAAGAUGGUUUUCUCGACUACGAGGCUUUCACAGAGGAAGAGGAAAUGGACGCUUUCGAGGACUUCCACUUCCACUCUCGUUAUUUCCACGCCGAGGAUGAAGACGGUGGCGGUCCCGGUACAGUGUUACCUCGUUACCUGAGCCCUGAUCCCGGCGGCGUUGGGCAUUCUGAACAUUUGGGGUUGGGGGAUGCCGAUGCCGAGGAUAUUGAAAUUGACAUGGAUGGAGUGGAUGAAUGGGCAGAUCAUGAAGAUGAAAGCCUGGAGAAUUGGGGAUUGAGUGACGGGUAUGGGUCAGAAAGUCUGUCUGAGGGAGACAUCAGCAUGCCGGUGGCGGAUCAAUCGUCAGGGUUGGACGCUGCGGUCAUUUACUCUGGAGAUAACCGGGUCUCUCCUCCAGAGGCCAGCGGUAGUCAAGGCCAACCCAAAUGAUAGCGCAGGACAUUUUCCAUCGAGGGGCUUUUUUAUUUUGGCUAUGUUCAUGAGCAUUCUAUAUAUUUGUAUAAGUAACUUUAUUACACUUGUAUCACUCCUAUCAGGAUCCCCGCCUUAUAGUAUGUAUUCGUUCACCUCAAUUUAUCAAAGUGAAAUGUCCUUCAAUAUUCCAGCGACUGCUUUCCCUUCCUUGGUAUCUUUCCAUACGCCAGUAAACUUACCGCUCCAUUUCGUUCCCUUCCCACCCCCCUUGACACCCACGUUAGCUCUAAUUGUAUCUCCUGCUUCCUUGACCUUCUUCUCGUCGUUUC